AUGCAUUUCACAACCCUCCUCACCAGCGCCAUCGCGCUCGCCUCAACAGUAGCAUCCCAACCAACAGCGCGUCAAGCCCCUACCGCCAACGCAGUCAUCAUGAUCGUCAACUCGGCGGACCACAGCCGUCAACCCGUCAGAAUCCCCCUUGCGCAACUCACCACUCUCAACUACCAAGUCACCGAGCUGCGUCUCGAGAGUCUCAACGUCAACAUCCCCGAUAUUGAAUCACCAAAACUCAGCGAUGUUGUUUGUCAGCGGUAUAAAGAUAAAUAUGGCGUUCAGCUGGGAAGCACUGAGUUUAGUCACGAGAAGCCAGCGCUAAUCAGUACCAACCCUGUGGAGUUUGGUUGGGUUUUGUGCUACCAUAAGAACAGGGCUUGA